AUGGGUUCGCAACAACUCACAGCGAACGAGUUACUGGCGUUCGUACAGAAUGCCAUAGACACCAUGGAUGAAGUCAACAUCAGGCAGAUCUGCAAAUCUAGUUUUAGUGAAGACGAUAUUUGCAGUGGCAAGGCGCUGCUUUUCCAGUCGCUCGGGAAAACCGACCAGAUGCCAUUCCGUCAGAGGGAUGGGGGUGUGAAGAGUCUCCAGGACAUCAUUAAACUGUUCAAGGAGACCGAUCCAGACGACGUGCCUGACUUCGUUGCGAAGCGGCUGGACCGGUUACCGCCGGUUACCUUCGAUCACGUCGACGUCACCAGGCUGCUGAAGGACAUAACAUUCCUGAAGACAAGUUUGGCAGAGGUGCAGUCUAAGUUAGAGGUGGCCAAUAACACCAUUUGUGAACUUCCAACGGGCGACGCGACGCCAGUCCCCGCCGCCGGCCCGCCCCCCGCACCCCGCACAUCGCGCCCCGUCGUGCCGUCAUCUGCUCCAGUUGGCGUAUCAGCGACUCCUCGCCGCGAUUACGCUGCUGCUGCAAAACAAAGAAAGGCACCUCCGAAGGUGCCCGAAUCUGCUUCACGAGAUGAAAAGCUACCCCGCGCCGAUAAAGGAUUCACGCAGGCGUCGAAGGAGAGGCGGCCGCGCAAGGCGCCUCGCAAGAGCCGGGUUGGCACAGCGGAGCCAGAUAUUGCAUCUGGACUGAGGACUGCCACGCCGAAUACGGCGCUAUACGUAUCGCGCCUGCAUGUUUCCGCCACGGCUGACGAUGUGGUGGAAUAUCUGCGCAAGAAGACCCGUUACGAGUUGAAAGUGUUCCAGCUGCGAUCGCGUCAUUGCGUGCACUUCAGCUCGUUUGUGGUGCGCGUGCCGCGGCCGCUGCUGGAAGCCAUCGCGAGCACGGACUUCUGGCCGAAGGAUUCUUUGGCUACUUUAAAUACUAAUGCUAAAGUUGGGCCUGCAGGCCCUAAAGGCUGGGUUGAAGUUAAUCUGAGAUGA